UUAUUUAAAUGAAAUUAAAUUGAAUUGAAUAAUAUCGAAUUAUAAAACGAGAAUAUUUAAUUUAUUUGUAGUGUAGGCUGGAUAAUUGGGAAAGAAUAAAAACCGCUGAUGAAAAAUAAAUGAAACCACGUAGCACGUUUGAUAGAGUGCCGGGUUAUUUGGUCUAGUCCAGAGUAGUGGUAACCAGUGACCAGAGUAGAGAGUCUAGUCACAAAAAUUCAACUCAUCCCAUUCCAUAUCUAUGAGUAGGGUUUUAUUUCGCGCGUUUGCCCAUCACUACUUCACUAUCUACACAACCAGCGCUUUGUGUCGGUGUAGUUUUUAGCCGUGUGCAUAUGUGGUGAAAUGAAACAUUGAUAAUGCAAUUAGCGACGAUUGUACUCUGAUCUUUUUUUUUUUUUUUUAAUUUAUUUUCUGCAAUUUCGAGGACAGAGCGAAAUUGUCGGUUAUAAUUGUUGACAGAUUUUACGUGAAUGACCAAUAAAUAUUGCCUGUUUGUUUGAGGUAGAGUAGUCCAUAAUAAUGGGCACUAGAGCUGUAGGAUUAGGAAGUGCUGGAGGAGCUGGAGUGCUCGGCGAAGCUGGUCUUGCUGGUGUACCACGACUUCUUGAAGACUUGACGAGACUUUCUGAGGACAAUGAGUCUGCGGACAUUGUUUUUUUACUUGGGAGAGACGAAACUCCUGUUUAUGGUCAUCGCAUUAUUUUACAAGUCAGGUGUAAAAAUUUUACGGCACCAAAACGUAUGGGGACAUCGGGAAACCCAACGGCCAUAAGAAUGCCACAUGCUCAUCCAGAGACAUUUCGACAGUUUAUUCACUACGUCUACACCGGAAAAAUUAUGCUUCAAGACAGUGGAAUCUUUGAAAUGCUCGCUUUGGCCCAAGAGCUAGGGGUCGAGGAGCUCUGGAGAAGUUGCGAAGAGCAUGUAUCAGCAACUUUGAGUCCCGGAAACGCAUGUGCACUUUUGACAGCAGCUUUGGAUGCUCAAGAUCGAGUACUUGGUGGAAAAGGAGCGUGUUCAUCAUUCAUCGAACGCUGCUUUUCUUUUAUAAGCGACAAUGCAAUUGAUACUGUAAAGACACCAGCGUUCAGUAACUUACCCAAGGAUGCUCUGGUUAAGUUGAUCUCCUCUGACUACUUGGGCUUGGAAGAAGAAGAUGUUUGGCGAGCUGUCCUAAAUUGGGCUAAAUAUCAAGCAGGAGUUACACAACCGACUCAACAUUGGACGGAAGAAGAACGUGCUCGUGUUUGUCAACAUCUUGCUGGUGUUAUCAAUCACGUCCGUCUGUUAUUAAUUGACAGUCAUGUAUUUGCUGAAGAGGUCGAGCCAACUGGUGCUGUUCCCAUCGAAUUGUCUCUCGAAAGAUAUCGUUAUGCAGCAGUACCCAAUAAGUACUCAGAAAUCUGCGCUGACAAACGAUUGCAGCCUCGUAUUGGCCCUCUGUUAUUCCCAGGAUCUCAGAUAUUGUCCAGAGACAAAAUGGGGUACCAGCGUCUGUUGAAUCAGUGGUACGGGAACCCCAAGCAAAACUGGCGGCUAAUUUACCGCGCGUCUAGCAAUGGAUACUCGGCAUCAGCAUUCCAUCGUCAUUGUGACGGCGUCGCUCCAACUUACACCAUCGCCUUGGGUGCGCGAGGUGAAAUAUGCGGUGGAUUUAGUGAUGUGGCCUGGGACAAAACAAGUGCCAAGGGUCACUACAUAUCUGCUGAGAAAGCAUUUCUUUUUACGCUUACUAAUAAUCAGGAUGUCCCGCCGACAAAAUACGACCUUAUAAAAAAGCCAUUCGCUAUUUGCUACCAUCCAGAUAUCGGUCCCAUAUUCGGCGCAGGAGCGGACUUGCUGAUAGCAAACAAUUGUAAUGUUAAUUUAGAAAGCUACAGUAAUUUACCUCACACUUACGACGGUGAAAAUGCCUCAAGUACAAUAUUAAUGGGCGAUUAUCACUUCACCGUCCUUGAUUAUGAAGUGUUUACACUCAACGGUCCCAUUUCAAAGUCCGAAAGACAUUGAAACCUUAAAAAAACAAAAA